ACGCCACUCACCUAUGACGAGAAGGUCGAUGGCACUCCCUUUGUUGACAGGCAACUCCCAGAAGAAAUGGACGCCGAUGGUGGCGGCGAUGGUUCUAACAACGACGGCGGCGAAUUCAGGUUGGGGAAAGACGGGUUGGGAUUCACCGAUGUGGACUAUUCGACCAAGUGGGAUGCAGAUGACGCUGGCGGAGGCGAGGACAGUUCAAACGAGGCGACGACAGAUUAUGACGAUUCAAACGAGGAGAACAACGCCGUGGUGAGGACGACGUGGGUAGCCCAGAACCACUCCAAUAUUCACGGGUG